AUGCUAGAGAUGAAUUCUAUUAAAAAGAAUUUUACUAAAAAAAAUUCUAUUAAAAAGAAUCCUACUAAAAGAAAUCCUACUAAAAGGAAUCCUACUAAAAGAAAUCCUACUAAAAACCUAUCUAGUAGCCUAUCUACCUAUCUGCCUAUUUACCUGCUUACCUAUCUGUCUAUCUACCUGCCUAUCUAUCUGCCUACCUAUCUGCCUAUCUACCUGCCUACCUACCUGCCUACCUAUCUGUCUAUCUACCUGCCUACCUACCUGCCUAUCUAUCUGCCUACCUACCUAGGGCCCUACCUACCUACCUAUCUAGAUUACUAG